AUGAUGGAGUGCAGCCCGUGCAGGUGGCUUAAAGAAAAGAGGGGCUCCAGAGAGGUGGUCCUUGUGGUAGUUUUUGUAGCUCUACUCGUGGAUAAUAUGCUUUACACAGUAGUUGUUCCCAUCAUUCCAAGUUUCCUCUACGGAAAAGAAUAUCAGAAUGGAAACACAACUGGGGGCCUGAUAGUUUUAUCUUCUGCUUCCAAAGCGUCAUUUGCCUCAAUUUACUCUUUGUAUGACAAUGCCAUCAUGUUAAGUGACCAAUCAAAUUAUCAAAGGAUUGAUAAUAUGACCCAGGAGGCCCCCAACAAUUCCAGCUGCAACAUGGAAAUGAGUAUCCUACAACAAGAGAACCUCCAAGUGGGUCUUCUAGUUGCAUCCAAAGCAAUAAUACAAUUUGUAUUCAAUCCCAUAGUAGGACUCAUUACUAACAGGAUUGGAUAUGAUAUACCACUGUUUGUUGGGUUUAUUGUCCUCUUCCUGUCUACUUUCAUUUUUGCAUUUGCCGACUCAUAUUGGCUGAUGUUCUUCGCAAGAUCGGUGCAGGGAGUUGGAUCCUCAUUAUCCAGUGUUGCAGGUUUGGGAAUACUUGCAGAUAUAUACCCUGAUGACUAUGAAAGAGGGAAGGCCAUGGGCAUCGCACUAGGAGGUGUGGCAGUGGGUUUGCUCACUGGUGCCCCCUUUGGUUCGGUCAUGUAUGAGUUUGUUGGGAAAGCGUCUCCGUUCUUAGUGCUGGCCGCUCUCACUCUGCUAGAUGGAGCUCUACAGCUCAGUAUGCUGCGAUUUGCCAAGUUUGUUCCAGGGAGCAUUCCAGCGACAUCCUACUUCUCACUUCUCACGGACCCUUACAUUGUAGUGGCUGCAGUGGUUCUUUGCCUUGUUAAUACAGCUUUCGGAGUUGUGGAACCCACCCUGCCCAUAUGGAUGAUGGAAACUAUGUGCUCGCCCACCUGGCAAUUAGGUUUGAUUUUCCUACCUGCCAGUGUUAUGUACCUCCUAUGCACAAACCUGUUUGGUACUCUGGCAUACAAGAUGGGGAGGUGGCUGUGUGCACUUGUCGGAAUGAUACUCAUGGGAAUUGGUCUUUUAUUGGUUCCACUAGCUUCCAAUAUGUAUGGUCUCAUUGGUCCUGUGGCUGUCAUGGGCAUUGCUGUUGGAAUGGUUGAUACAUCAAUCUUCUCUAUCAUGGGACAACUAGUAGAUCUACGUCAUACAUCUUUGUACGGUGGGAUAUAUGCCAUUUCAGAUGCUGCUAUAUGCGUGGGAUAUGCAUUGGGACCUCUGUGUGGUGGUGCUAUUGCAGAAGCCAUUGGAUUCCCCUGGUUAGUCAGGAUCUGUGGAAUACUGGGCAUUAUUGUUGCUCCUCUCUGUCUUUUGCUUAGAAACCCUUCAGCGAAAGAAGAGAAAAUGGCCAUUGUAAGCCCCAAAUGUCCUAUGGAAAACAAGGCCUACAUGUCCCAGUGCAACACCCUAGAUCUACCAAUUUUUGACCACAGUAGUGAUGAAGACAUCCGCCCCUCCAAUAACAGAACUAUGAAGAUCCCUCGAUGA